AAGACGAUGGCUUGCGAAGUGAAACACUGUGGAGAAAUUCGUGAUUUUAGGAAAGUUCAGGAAUACUUUGGACUCGGACACGAUGACAACUGGUUAAAUGCGGUGAAUCAUUCUAUAUCACCCACUGGGGAACUGAUUGCUGUGGCCCAGGGUGAGAAGUUGGCGUUCCUCUCUACCUGUUGGAACAGCCAUGGAAAUGCCAACACCUACGUCAUGAGCUGGUGUGGCGAGCUGGAGGAUCACAACCAAAUCGUAACCAGUCUUACGUGUCUACCGAUGACCCACAACCGGAGUUCUGAUGGCGCUAUUGAAUGGACCUGCGUGGCAGUUGGCCUUGCUUCGGGAAUGGUUGUAUUCUACACUGACUCGGGCGUAAAGCUCUUCUCUCAAUGCUGCCAGGAUGAUCCGGUCAUAGGAAUCAAGCUGCAGUCUGCACCACGUCAUUCCGAGGCUGAUUCUCUGCUCUACAUAGUUUAUCCGCGCUGCCUGUGCUUCAUCCAAGGCCAGGAUAUUCUACCCACACUGACCAACUGUCGACAUAAUGUACAAAGAAGUGCCCUGGAGCGAAGUACUUAUCCCACGGCGGAUGUUGUACCAUUCCAAAAAUACAAAUUCAAGCAGGAGCGAGCGGCUGUCAUCAACGACGCCGCUAUAUCCAGCACCCAGAGACCUCCUACAUACGACUACAUUGUUCAGCAGACUAUCGGUCUUGGUUACUUCGCCAAAGUGCACGCAACGCCUCCAAGGAGCUCACAGGUUCUGGCCGCCGGUGCAGAGCCCUAUUUGGGUUUCUUUCAGGCGGAGGAGGGUUACAAAACGAUGUCCAUAGGUGAGGUUGCCAAAGAUGUCAUCGGAAUAGCGUACAAAAACCUGUUAGGUGGAAUCUUUCGGCGUGCCCCAGAGCCACUGCCAUCACCGGAAGAAUCGCCAUUGCCAGUGCCCACAAAGGAGGCGCCGAUGAGGGUUCGCUGUCGCCUGUACGACGGAAAAAGGGAUGGGCUGACCCUGGCUGUGGCACCUGGUGGACGUCUGGCUGUCGUUACUGAUAAUCUGGACCGCGUAAUGUUGGUGGACACGCAACAGGCCAUUAUCCUGCGUGUGUGGAAGGGCUAUCGGGAUGCCCAGUGCGCUUUCGUUCCAGUCAAGGAAAAAUCAGUGCGUGGAAUUAAGACGCACAAGCGAAAGGCUUUGUUCCUGGUGAUCUACGCUCCUCGAUUGGGGUGCCUGGACAUCUGGGCUUUGCAAAACGGGCCAAAGGUAGCUGCUUUCAACGUCUCUAAGAGCGGACAAUUAAUAUACAACAAUCACAGUGCGCUGGGCGCUAGUGCGAGUGGUGGAUCUGCUGGUAGUAGCGGUCAGUCGCGAAAGGCUUUAUCUAUUAACCACUGCCUGUUCCUGGAUCCUAGUGACGGCAGCAUAAAGGAGGUGCACAUUCCCUUUCACUAUGCUCUCAGCGAGACCAGUUCCCAAACAUCGCGAGAUAUCCAUAUGCUAAGGCGCCUAAGAAAUCAGUUGAGAACCUUAAAUCAUGGCGAUACCAAGGAGGCAGUUCUGGCGGAGAUUGGCGAACUGGCUAGUGAACUACAGACCUUGGAGGUCCGACAACAAUGCCUUGAGAUGUUGCUUAAGAGCAAGAAGCUGCAGCCACAGGUAUUUCAGUGCAUCAUUAAUGCCUUCAUUGAGAAACCUCUCCCUGAGGCAACAAUCUCCGAGGAAUUUGUUAAUCAAAUUGAAAACUACAAACGCUUGACGGAUCUUUACUUGGCCUUAAGUCGAGCAAAUCAGCGGGGAGACUAUGAGCCACCUGUGGAACAUAUAGAGCUCUCUGACGCUGAUCUGGUUACCAUAAAUAAGUUGGUUUUGCUCCUAGAUGAUGGCACGGAAAAUGAAAAGACUGCCACGACUCGCGAAGUAAGCUUUAAGCUACAGGAGGAGCACAAGACCGAAGAGUUUGUCGACUACCUUAGCAUAUUUAACAUUGACAAUCCGGAUGGCAUCAGUCUUUUAGAAGAUAAGUCGGAAAAGUUUGGAUCUGUUAGUAUUGAUCUUUUUAGCCAGUUUUUUGCCCAAGGCCUGUGCUUUAGUCAGUUUAAACAGUGGAUCAAUCAGGCCUGCCUACCCAGCCGAGAUUUGCUAAAGUUGAUUAUUUGGUUCUGGCUUGAAAAGCCGUUUAAGUACAAUAACUGUGAUGAAGUGGUAGAUGACAUGUCUAGGAUAGCUGCUAUGGUGCAGACUAUUUGUGACUUGGCUGGUGAACAUAUCCAUGACUACGCCUACAAUGCCAUCUCACCGUGGUGGCAGGAGGUGCGAGAACUUCUCUUGGAAAGCAAACAGUUUUCUGGCUUGUUGGUGGCCAUCGUCUGCAAAACGGUGGCCAGUAAUUUGUGGCGCAACAGAAAAGAGGGAUCUUGUGAUGAGUCCUUACAGAACGAGGAGGAGGAGCGCUGGGAACGCAUCUCUCACGAUGAGGCCCAGUGGGGAUUGCUUACUGGCAAGCUGGAGGAUGUGGCGGUGCUGGGAGCCAUACUGGGCAAACCACUCACAUGUCGAGAACCUGUAGGUCCAGAGAUGUCCUACGAAGCCCCAGACUGCAGCCUGAAAAGCAUUGUGAGCGGCGGCAAGGGCAUCGUCACCGAACUGACGGCUAAGUGGCUGAUCAGUGCACAACUGCACCCAAGUAAAAUUUUGGAGAUCUCAGCGCCGGAGAACGAGUCGGACGAAGAAUCUAAAACGAAGUCGAAGACUGAGUCGAAUAAGGAACCCACCAGUGAAGAAGCAGAAUCAGAAGAGGACUUGGAAGUCGGGAAGGAAGUGCAGGUGCCCUGCAAAGAUGGCCAUGAACCGAUUCUCGAGCGAUUGGCUCUGCUGCGUGCCCACUUUCCCUUUAGUUUGGAAUCGGGCGUGCUAUUAAGUCUCAUGUCCUGGCAAUACAUGGUUCAGUGGAGCAAGCAACUAUCUUCUCUGGAUCACCUAAAGGCAGCUUUGCUUUGUUUACAACAGUUCCGUACACCAGACUGGGCUCUGAAGCAUGGAAUCUGUUGCAUGCUUUGGAAUGCCACCCUAAAGUUUCCACUCCAGGCGGCGGCCAAGUUGAUUCAGAAGGUGGGCCGACUACCGGUGGACAAGAUGUGCCAGCAAGAUCUGGAGAUGUCAGCGGGAAAAGUGCCAGAGUUUCUCGAACUCAGCCUUGAAUUCCUCCAACAUUUCUCAACUUCCAUGGAGCACGAUAAGCGGGAACUGAACUUCGAGCAGUCCUUAAGUGAGGGAGCUCUGCCCCUGCAAUUCCUGGCCCUUCAGCAGCAUCACGCUAUGCCUCAGUUGCUACGCCUGCAAACGGAACUGUGUAGUGUGCUUCACUUCGUGUCCUUCUUCCAGCUGCGCAUUCCCAAACCUCUGACCACGCUCUUCGACUCAAUGAGCAACAAAGCUCUGCUAGCAGACAUCAACAAGGAGCUACCAUACGUUCUACCAGCACCAGAUCUCGUUCUGCAACAGCAGCGCACUGACUUUCUAUGUCGCCUUGUUGCCGCCACAAUGGACCUGAUUAGAGAGGAUCUGGAGCAGCUGUAUAUACUAGAUCAUGUAUUCUACAUGUCCAAGAUAUGUACUCUGGCCGACAGCUGGGAAGUUGACAAACUUCCAAUCCUUAGACGACAGGUGGUAGAACUGUACGCUUUUGGGUAUGAUGCCGAGGCCCAGGUGCUGCUCCACGACAUCAGCGAAGACGAGGAGCUGGGUCGACUUCUGCUUGAGAUAGCCGGCCGAAGGCUCAAUCUCUACGCCGAGAACUCGCAAGCCACGUUUCUGAAGAUUGCCUCUGUAGGCCAUCAAUUGCUGGCCUACUUGGACAACCUGAAGGAGCCAAUGACUGAACACAACAUUCAGAUUGCGGCCACUAAGCCGAACGAGAUUGAUGUGGCCGCUCUGGACAAGCUGCUGUCCCACGCCUACAAAUGCCUGUGCCGGCGAGAGUCAAAGCAACUACCAAUCAUUGCCCAGAUGUACAACGCCGUGCGUAUCCUGCAGAACUGAGAGUGAGGAUGACAAGGAAACACUGUUAUUUAACAUCAAUCGCAAGAUUUUUUUAUGAAAAGAACAUUUUAAAGCGCUUUAAUGAAUGACAACAUAUUAACCUUAGUAGCAUGAACAAAACGGGCAACACCGACCACAUUGAUUUAAAUGAAAUGAUGAUAGAUUGAACUUGAAAGGAUUUAGCAGACUGGAGCAAACCUCCGAAGAAAAUCAAAAAAUAUAUAUUUAAUUAAAUAUUAUAUUAGUUA